UGCUAUUUGUGCAAUUAAUAAUGCAUGAGAUUUCCUUUUGGUGUUGUUACUGCUGGCACUGCAUUUAGUCUCAAGACGUUCGGCUUUGUGUUCACAUUUGCUCCGUGCAGGCUGUUUCCUCAAACUCUUGUGAUCCAUGUCUGCACAGUCUACCUGCUUUAUAAACCAGCCUUCACGGAGUAGGGCGAGUGCAAGCCGGCUAGCCCUGUCCCGUUAUCUUAAUUUGCUACGCUCUAGGAUAGCGUUACAGUGAGUGGCUGUGAGCCUGCGUGUGCUUGGCAACUGUUACUAAGCGACAUAAAAGGAGAGAGCUGCUCCGAUGGCCAUUGGUGGUUCACUUGGGAGCAGGAAGCCUAGGUAGCUGGAGUAGUGAAUUCUUCCGCAUCAGCUGCGAUGGAGCAAAGGCGAGGGGCUCAGGUGCAGCUGCUGCGAGGCUGGGAGUGUGCAGUAGCAGCACUAAUGUGCCACUGAAUGGAUUGCUUCUCCAGCACAAUGGAAGUGCCAGACUCCUCGCUAAAUCAGGGGAUUGCUGCAUUAUUCUGUCAGCAUUCCUUCUUGCAAGACUGAAACACUGCUUACCAUAUGUGAAAGGCUGGGGAUUUCGAAUUGUGCAGGAAUACGCUUGCACUGCUAUUUUUGUCCACUUCCUCUUACUUAUCAAUUGAUUCCCCGAUGCUCGAAGAUCCCUGGGUUUUUAUUUAGAAGGCAAAGUAUUUCAAGAGACUUCAAACAGAGGGGGACAUAGCUUGCUACCGGCAUUGUGCAGAGCAGUGUGAGAGUCAUGUACAGUUCUCCUAGGGAUCUUGCUUCUCUCUCUUUCUCUACAACUCUGCACACAAUGGGUGUGAUCGAGCAGCUGGAAGCAGUACACUGGUGGCAGCUUGUCAGCAGCAUUGCAACGCUGAGGUGUGUCAGCAGUCCUCUGCUGCUGAGGAGGCAUGUGCGGCUGUGAAGCGUUGACUGCGGAGACCAACGGAAGCAGCGGAGCGAGCCGGAGGUGUGGAGCGAGCCGCAGCAGCAGCAGCAGCAGCAGCGAGAACAGAUGCCUUGCCGGUGACCUGCAGUCACCGGGGACUGUGGCCCACAUCUGUCUGUGUCAUGAACCACUCCGUGACUGAAUGGAGCUCCGUGAGCCCCAGCAACACCUCGGCCAACUUGUCCACUCACCGUGCAUGCCCGCUGGGCUUUGGCUAUUCCGACGUGGUUGACGUUUGCGUUUUGGAGACCGUGGUCAUUGUGCUGCUGACAGUCCUGAUCAUCAUGGGCAAUCUGACGGUCAUCUUUGUAUUUCAUUGUGCCCCCCUCCUCCACCACUACACCACAAGCUACUUCAUCCAGACGAUGGCCUACGCAGACCUGUUCGUGGGGGUAAGCUGCUUGGUUCCUGCUCUGACCCUUCUUCACUAUUCCACGGGCAUGCAGGAGUCCCUGACCUGCCAGGUGUUUGGGUACAUCAUUUCAGUGUUGAAGAGUGUAUCUAUGGCAUGUCUGGCAUGCAUCAGUAUUGACCGCUAUCUUGCCAUCACCAAACCACUCUCCUAUAACCAACUGGUAACUCCGUGUCGCCUUAGGAUCUGUAUCGUUCUUAUAUGGAUUUACUCCGGUGUAGUGUUCUUGCCCUCAUUCUUUGGAUGGGAGAAGCCAGGUUAUCACGGAGACAUCUUUGAAUGGUGUGCCAACUUCUGGGAAACUAAUGCUUACUUCACGGGCUUUAUCGUCUGCCUGCUUUAUGCACCAGCAGCUUCCAUUGUCUGCUUUACCUACUUCCACAUAUUUAAAAUCUGCCGGCAGCACACCAAAGAAAUCAACGAACGUCGUGCCCGAUUCCCCAGCCAGGACGUGGAAGCUGCUGAAGGUAGUCCCAGCCCCGACCGGAGCUACGCAAUGGUCCUGUUUCGGAUUACAAGUGUCUUCUACGUGCUGUGGCUUCCCUACAUUGUUUAUUUUCUGCUGGAGAGCUCGCGGGUGUUGGAGAGCCCCUCGCUGUCCUUUGUGACAACGUGGCUGGCCAUCAGCAACAGCUUCUGCAACUGCCUCAUCUACAACCUCUCCAACAGCGUCUUCAGGCUGGGACUACGGAGACUAUGGGAAGCUGUCUGCUCGCUGUGCACAUGCCUGGGAGAUGAGUCUCUGCGAGAUCCCAUCCCCAGGAAACGGGCCAAUUCCUGCUCCAUCUGAUGGUCUACCUAGUCAGAGGAGAUACACAAGCUGACAUUCUGUUUGGUCUUUUGCACGCUUGUGUGAAGAUGUUUAGGUGACAAUUGGCAUCAAUGACCAAUGGGCUGUUGUGGAAUCUGGGCAUAAGAGGAGGCAGUUCAGUCCGACCUGUUUUUCCAUUCAGUUUAGUAACCUCCUAUGCCCUCGUAGGUUCUGUACCCAUAAUACUCAGUGGUUCUUUAACCUUUAAUGCCUUUUGCUCAAGAAAAAAUAUCAAUUGAUCUUUUUACAUUUUCAAUUGAAUCUCAGUCUUUGGUGGAAUGUUUGAGAUCCAGAAUAGGGCGAAAGCCUACUUAUAAUGUUUCAUGGUUUGGAAAUGCGAUGGAACUCGUGAAACUCUUUACGUUUUAACCACCAAAAGCACUCAACUCCAUUCAGUGAGGGACUGACUGGUUGGAGAAUUGUAUUUACUGUAUUCUAAUAAGGAACUAAAUGACUGAGGAGUGAAAACACUUUUAUGACAAGUACACCUGUGACCAGUCAAUUGUUAACGUCUGAUCACUGAGAGUGUAGUGCAAUUGUUAGUACAACUUUCUGUGAGAACCUUAACACUAUUACUAGGUGUGUCAUAUUCUGCGGUAGGCAGUAGUUCUUUAUAAUAUUUCAGUGUCAGCUUGCAGAUGUACUAAAUAUUAGAUGGAGUUUAUUCUUUGUCUGCGCCUGAUGUACUUUCAAAUGUUCACCAGUUCCAGGAGAACAAUUUAAAUCAAACAGGAGUUGAAAUCACUUUCAAAAAUUUGAAGACAAAAUAAAAGAAUGCGGUGUAGUUAAUCAUUACUUACCCUAAAAGAUGCUUCUAGUCGUAGCGUUUACUGCAACAAUGACUUGGCUCAUACAGACUGUAAUUCUGGCACAGUUGAGGGGAGCUAAGUGAAUGAAAUUGUUGCAAAUGCCCACAGGAAAUGCCCAUUUCACAGGCAUCAGGAACGAUGACUUAAGAGAGUUAAGGGGUGAAUCUUCUAAUUCUCUUCGUGCUGUUGUGUUACUCAGGAUUAUCUUGCAAAAAGGACAACAACCGAACUUGCAUUGCUGUUGAUCUGAAUGCUGCCGAUUAACUCCUUGCGCUCUGCUGUUCCUUUGCAGUAGACCAGCAGUGACUGGAGUGGAAUUAUGCAGCAUUCCUCCACCACUAAUGUCAAGUGGUGAAGCCGGUUUUCUAUUUAUAUGACAAAUGCAGAAAUGUUACUGCAGGACACAAAGGGCUAUGUACUGUCUGAUAAGAAAGAGUUAAGCAGUAAGAAUGUAACGUUAAAUUAUUGCAGAACUAUUUAUUGAUUUAUUAAACUUUUACAUUAAAAACAGACUUUUAUAUAUAUAUAAAUGUAUAUCUAUCGAGUAUCUAUUUGAGCAGCCUGUAUUCUUGAGGUCAAUAAAUGGAUAAUUCUGAAUUAAAUGGGUGUGAUUGUCUCCCAGUUCAAUACAUUCAGCGCAGGCUUCCACUGCUUGUCAACACAUGGGCUGGAUUUAUUUAAUAAAAGCAUACGUUGUUACUGGAAUCGGCCUAUUAUAAGUCUGCGUUUUCAUAGUUUUUGAUUAUUGCCAGUACAAGAUGCAUUGUGCUGCUUCCACGCUCAGCUGAACUCCAUAUCAUGCCGCGAUUCACGCUCGGAAAGCUCGAACGCAAGAUAAUAGAAGCAGGAAUCAGCUACUUGCCUUCACGCUGAUUCCACCACUCAAUCUGAUCAAGGCUGGCCUACCCCUGUUUUAUGCCAAUUUCUCACAGCCUUCAAUUUCCUGAUCUGUCAAAAAUGCAUCCUGUACCAGCUACUCCACAGACUUGUAAUAAUAAUAAUAAUAAUAAUAAUAAUAAUAAUUUUAUUUAUAGAGCACUUUAAAAACAAACAUAGCUGCAACAAAGUGCUGUACAUCACUAAUCAUUGACAAAAAAAGUUAAUACACACCAAAAAUAACAAUCAAAAGAAAUAGUAGGAAAAGACAAGUAAAAUAAAGAAACAUCAAAAACACCACAAACAGAAGCAAAGCCUCAGGCAUGGUCAAAAGCCAUGUGGAGUAGAACAUAGCCUGUCUCCCAGUGCAACCUUGCAGCAAAGUAACUGUCUCAGGAUUCACCCCCCCUCCAUCCCAGCCCACUCCUUAAGUGGCCCAAUGCUCGUGUUGGUUGAUCCUUGCCCUUUAAUUGAGUUUUCUCCUCAUUUUACUGUUAUUGAAUAAAAGUGCAAAGUCUGCCACACCAGGUAGCAUUCAUAUAGUAUAACUUCCGAACCAGCUGCCUCAUGCACGCCAUCACCUUAGAAAAAUGUUUCAGUACGUUUUCAGAGAUUGUUUAAUUACAUUACAUGCACUGGAGUGUGGGAAUGCAGCUCUGCAUUGACAAUGUUCAAGGUCUCAGAUGUGU